UAUAUCUUGAUAAAGAUACAAAUUCUCUAAUAAGAAUUUUUUUUUCUUGGUAUUAAGGGUAAAGAAAUGGAUCGAAUUUUUAAAGAGGAAGGGGUAAUAGAUGAAGAUUCUUUUUCUGAAACGGAAGCAGAGUUAAUUGAAGUAGAAAAUGAUAAAGGAAUUAAUGAAAUUAUUGGGCACAUGGAAGAUAAAGAUGGUGAGGAUUUGGGUGAGCUAGUUGUAAGAAAUAAAACAACGAAUAAAAUUAAAUUAAGGCCGAAAAAUAGUUUUGUUUCAAGAAAACGUAAACGUUACCAGUGCGACAUUUGUGGUCGAAUAUUUUCCCAUCCGAGUCGAUUAGAGGUUCACAAAUCAUUUCAUAAGAAUGAAAAUUACAUGUGCGCUGCAGACGACUGUAAUUAUCAGGUUGAGACACGCUUAGAAAUCGACAAUCAUCACAAAGAAACCGGACAUUCCGGGUUUAGUAUUAUUAAAUUAGAAUCGAAUGAUAUAUCAGAUGAAGCUGGGGACGACAAAAACGAUGGAAAAAAAAUUAUUUGUAAAAUUUGUAAUAAGACUUUUUCGUGUAAACAAAACCAUGAAGUACAUUUUAAAGCAAUUCACGAAAACCAAAAACCUUACAAAUGCGAGAAAUGCGAUAAAACGUUUCCAUAUUUAUCUAGUUUUAAGUGCCAUCUCCAACAACAUACCGAAAAGAUCUAUCCGUGCGAAAAUUGUACGAAAAUAUUUAAUCAUCCAAGCAGUUUGGUUUACCACCGAGAAGCGGAACAUAAUAACGGAAGGAGAUUCGUCUGUUCAAAAUGCAAGAAAACGUUUAAACACAAACAGCUGUUGCUACGACAUCAAUUGGUUCAUUCGAAUGUGAGACCACACGACUGCAAGUACUGUUCGGCAAGUUUUAAAACACGCGCGAAUCUGUUGAAUCAUAUGCCAACGCAUACCGGUGAGAGAAAAUAUUUUUGUAACGUUUGCAGUCAAACGUUCGCCCAUAAAACAUCGUUAACGUUACAUAUGAGAUGGCAUAAUGGUUCGAAGCCUUACGAAUGCGAUGUGUGUCAAAAGACGUUUUCGCAAAAAGGAAAUUUAGCCGAACACAAACGGAUUCAUACAGGUGAGAAUUAAGAAUUUAAUAAAAAAAAACACCUAAAGAAAAAGAAGUUAAUUAAAAUUACUAACUUAUUAAACCUUGUGUGAAAAUGACCGAUUCACAUUGAUUCACAUUCACAAAUUAUCUAUGUAGUCUUUUAUAUAAAGCUCUUACUGAUAUUCGCAAUUUCUUUGUAAUUUUGCUAUGUUGGUCAAUAUUUUCUCCAUUUCCUUUUAUUGAAAGAAAUUAUUUGUUGGAUCCAUUGUAACUAGUGACUUAAUAAUUUGAAAGUAAUAAAUUUUGUACUUUUACUGGUUAAAAACUAUUUAUUCAUUACAAGCUGACAUGUUUCGAUCUAUUCGAUCAUCUCUUGGCCAAAUUUUUAACUUGUAUUCGUCGUAGUUUUAAAGUGUUUUCUGUACAAAUAGUAUAAAAAGAAAUUUUUUGAAAUGUUAACUUUAA